CCCCCGCAGCAGCCCCCGCAGCAGCAGCAGCAGCCCCAGCAGCAGCAGCAGCAGCAGCAGCAGCCCCCGCAGCAGCAGCAGCAGCAGCAGCAGCAGGAGGAGACGUGGGGUCGCGUGCGUUGGAGAUCCUGCGUCGGGGCUACGGGGAGACUCGGAGCUUCGGGAGUUCAACAGCUUUGGUGGUGCUGCACGAGGGGCAGCAGCAAAUAGGAAUAGCGAAUGUUGGAGACAGCGCUUUGAUUUUGCUGCGGCGGCAGCUGGUCUACAGAAUGACUUGUGUCUUCAGAACAGCAGAGCAGCAGCACGAGUUCAACUGUCCCUUCCAGCUGAGCCGGCUGCCGCAGCCGGGGGACUACGAGCUGCUGCGCUGCAGCGGGAAGCAGGCGCUGCUGCAGCUGCUGCAGCGCGCUGCUGCUGCUGCGCUGCCGCAGGACACCCCCGAAGCUGCUGCUGUCGCCACUGUUGCUGUGCAAGAAGGAGACUUGCUGCUGCUCGGCACUGACGGGCUCUUCGACAACUUAUUCGACCACGAAAUCUGCGCAAUUGCUUCUUUCUUUCUGAGUCCCAAAGAAGCAGCAAUUCUGGGGGACCCUUCCCUCGCCACUUCCGCCACAGACGCAGCCAGGGCCAUCGGAGAGGCUGCUGCCCACAGGAGCCGCUCCUCCACCGAACGAACGCCCUUCAUGAAACACGCCCGCCAAGAGGGGGCUUUCUUCACGGGGGGCAAAAUGGACGACAUCACCGUGGUGGCUUGUUGGGUCACUUCGCCAGACAGUCUUCUUUCCAAUUCCGAAGACAUUUCCGGCUUCCAGGGAGCUGCUGCAGUCAGCCGCGACUGCUGA